AUGCUAAUACUCAGAAUAUUAAUUACAAUUUGUUUGUUUCAUCGUCCAUUAUCAGUUUCUGGAUCCUCAAUCGAACACAGGUGGGUAUCUUGGGAUGGAACAGGAGAUUCCCUCGAGGACUUACCUGUAUUACAUACAGCAUUCGUCCAAACAGGCGAAGAACUUCACUACUUCAGUGAAUCUAAACGAUACGAUGCCGAUAUUUUUGUUGGCCAUCGUUCUCAUGACUCUGAUCCCGGACAAUCUCACUAUAAAGAUCGGGUCUUUAAUGUGAGAAAAAUGGCUGGAGAGGAUUCUCUGCCAUUAGAGUUUGAUCCGCCAUUCUUAUUUUUCGGAGAAAGUGCCGUUGGAGUACCUUUGCGAAGACGUGUAUAUCUUCGGAGUAAACUGAACACACUUGUUAUGCUUGACACCGUGAUAGGAGAAACAGUAAACUUUCAUGCAGGGUUCUUCGAUGUUAUGGAACUUGAACCGUUGGGAUCAACAUCAUUUGAAAUAGCAUUUUUACCUCGAGAAGAGGGCAAAAUCACGGCAACUUUAGGAAUUCACACAUCGAUCGGACAGUUUCUAUAUGAAAUAAGUGGCUACGCUUCUUCGAAUCCCUACAGGAUAACACCUUUUGUGGGACAUCGCAUCCCCAUGAAUGGCACAAUGGUUAAAGAAAUCACACUGCACAAUCCUCAUCCUCAGACUUUUCGUAUUAAAGAACUUGUGUCCUCAGGAGGUCAUGUGCAUGCAGAACUAGCAUAUGAUAUCGAUCCUGCAGUAGCCGGUGAACCAGUACAGUAUUGGGAUAUUCGCCCAUACCAAACCAAAACAAUAGGAAAAGCAUUUGUAGUAGGACAUUUACUGGAGAACAAUACGGUUUUUGUAAGAGUCAAUGGAGUUUUACUUAAUCACAAAGGUGUUGAAACUAAGACGAAUGAGUUGAUAUUUCCAAUACCAUACGAGGUAACAAAGACAAAAGGUGUUUUCACAACUAAGGAUAUUCUCGAUUUUGGCCUUCUGAAACAAGGGGUGCGAUCACAGCCACAGUUCUUCUCGGUUUAUCAGUAUCGCUUAGAUGGGAGGCUGGAGUUUGAAACCUUAUACGUUGAGAAGGGUGAUGCAACCGGCAUUUACAUGGAGUUUGCUUCGAAUCCUCCAAUUGCUGUCCACCCUGGGAAGUAUCCAAUCGAACCAGGAAAACCGGUUAACUUAGUGAAAGUGCUUUUCGAUGCCUCGCGAAUAACGUUCGAGACGAAAGAACCUAAAGUUAAAAGUUUCACUGGUAGAAUCAUAGCAGUGAGUAGAGGGGGUAACUAUAACGUCACCAUUCCAUUUAGAGCUGCAGUUUUUCAAGGAAGUCUAACUGCAGUAGGCAAUGAUUUAGCUAUUCGAGAAGACGUCAAACCACCAUAUAAGAGAGGAAUCCGAUUGAGAAACGAAUUGCCAUUUGCUGUCGCUGUUUGGAAUGUGUCGUUAUCAGCUGAUGCUCUACCAUACUUCACUGUGAGACUGUUUGAUAGUACCACUGUGAUUCCAAGAGGAGAAGAGAGAUCAGUUUUCCUAUUGAAAUACAAUAAGAAAAUACCAGCUGAUUUUGGUGUAUCGUUUAUAUAUAUCGAGACUAAUGUUACUAGGUUCUCAGUCCAACUACAACGAUAUGAAGGGAAAAUAAAGGUUGAUCUGUUUUCAAUAGAGCAGGAUGCUUUUGACUUUGGACUGAUCUCACGUAAUGAUACAAGAACUGUUAGGUUUGCCAUUCGCAAUCCUAACUGUGCUACAACUACCGUUCGUAAUUUACAAGUUCCAAAUUUAUCAAUAUUCCGACUUUACUUUGUUGCAAUGCUUCCUCUCAAUUCACAAGGUCAACAGCUUCCUUCCAUCAGUCAUCAAGAAUGGGAUCAGGGUAACGAUCUCGAAAUUCCUCCCGAUCAAUCUGUUCUUUUCGAUUUGGAGCUAAGAGCACCUUUCGAUGGGGUAGAGCAUAAAGGAAAUAUAGUUAUAUCAACUGAUUUGGAAAGUAAAGUUUUCCCAACUGUAUACGAGAUUGGAGAAGGGAAAAUUUCAACGUUCCCAGAUGUCUUAAGCUUUGGUGCCACUCAUCCUGGACGAGUAGUGUAUAGGACGAUACAAGUUUUCAAUUCGUUCACGGAAGACAUGAAUGUUACAAGAUUAUCAACGUUAUCGAACGAUCCGAACGUAUUCUUCGAAACUUUAGAUGCUACAAAUCCACCUUUGUUACGUUCCGGUAGACUGACAAACUUAGGUCGUGUAAUGUACAAACCUGAAGCCCCGUGUACUGAAGCCACUUGUUAUUUGGGAUUGGAUUUGAAAACCACAGAUGGUCAAUGGUUCGUUCAUGGCUUAACAUUACCAGCCAACUUAGCAGAAGUGGAUAGUUAUUUAUAUAAGAAACAGAGAGGAAAGUUUGAUAGCUUAGUUAAAGAAGGCAAAAACAUGAUAAACACAACCAUUGUAAUCGAUACAGAUAAGGCUAAGAAUAUCAAGAUUGCCGCCACUGCAGAAAUGGUUUGGCCUAGGUUAUUAACCAGAAAUUCUGUUCAUUUCCCUCUCACUGCAUUAGGAAACUUCACUAUUGUGAAUCUAACCUUAGCAAAUCCUUCUUCACUUCCAAUAGCCGUUCAAGUUAUUCCGCUAGUCAUAUAUCCGGAUGCUGAAGCAGCCGUUGAAUUUUUCAAAGAUCACCUUCUCACUCCAUUGACUUCCAAUAUAGAAAUGAAUGAAACAUUAAUGUUUUCACUCCGUGAUACCGAACUGUUUACAUUGAAAAAGGAUAGUCCUGUUCCAAAACUGAGAGAAGAGUUAGAAGCUAUUGUAAGCCAGAACGUUCCGAGGUUCACAUUGUCAUUGUUGCUGAAGCCCCAUCAGAAAGUUCGUCUUCGUUUAGGAUUUUUACCCACCGACUAUGUUCUACGUUCAUCUCUACUGUUAAUAAGGAAUAAUUUGACGGUGAUUGAACCUGUCGUACUUUAUGGUAGAGGUGCCCGUAUAGAUAUGAAGAUAGAAGAUAUCGAGGCGCGCUCGAAAAAACCGUUGUUAUUCGAAAUUCGUCACGAUCAUUUAAGUGAUUGCAAUAAUCCAAAAAGAUUAAUGCAUAAGCUCAGUUCAACUUUAACUGUACGACGUCCAUUUUCCGUGUCAAACACAGGCGAAGUACCGUUCACUGUUGUUAGUAUGAGUAUAAAUGGAAUACCAUGUGAAAACCGUGGUUUCCGUAUUCUUAACUGUUAUCCUUUCCGUUUACAACCUAAUGAGUCGUAUGCUCUGGAAGUAGCAUAUACCCCCGACUUUUUAACAACAACAAAUGAAGCUGAUUUACAACUUUACAUGCAUAUGAAUGGAAGUUCCUGGUCAUUCCCAUUAGCUGCUACAGUUCCUAGUGAUAUGAUGGCUCGUUGUCAUCGUGCUCUUCCACGUCCACCGUUUGAGAACCUCAUGUAUUACAGCUGCGUGAUUGCUCUAAUAUUCUGCUUGGUCUGUGUGCUGGCUUGCGCCUAUUUAGAAGGUGAUCGAGCGAUUACUUGCGCUAUAAGAGAGCAGUACAACCGUGUUUUCUUUGAUUUGAGAGGGGAGAAGAGACCAAGCACUCCAGUUAAUAAACCUAUAGAUGUUUACGCGUAUGCAUAUCCUUCUCAAAUCAUUCCCGCUGAAGAUGCUUCAGUAAUUACUCAGUUCUUCUUUUCUAUCGCUAAUUUCGUAGUUAGAUGUUUGCAUUUCAUCAAAAAAUCCGUUUUAUCUCUUCGUUUGGAUUACUCACAACGAUCAGUUUUGAAAGAGUUCGAACUAUCGAGAAAGCAGUAUUUGAAGAACAUGCGGAAGAAGAAAACUCCUGAAAACACAGCUGCAAAUCAAGCGAAUAAGGAGAAGGUGAAAGAAAAGAAAGAACCAGUCAAGCCAGCCAAAGCUCCAGAAGUACCUCCGAAGAAGACGCAAAACAAUAAUAAAAUUCCAUCUAAGCCUCGUCCUCCUACUCCUCCAACACCGAAGGCAACAUUGGUUAACAAGUUGUCUUACACUAAGGAUCCGCUGAAAGAGAAAGAACAACAGAGGAAGAAAAGUAAUGCGAGCUCUGAUCAAGAAAAGAAAAUUCAAAAAGCUGAGCAACUUAUGGAUGGUUCAAAGGGACCAGAGAGGAAAAAUGAGAAGCAGAAUAAUAAGAAGCAAAACCAGAAAAAUCGAGCACCACAGCAGAAAGUCAAGCCUACGCAAGAAUCGCAUGAUAGUUCAGAAACUAUCGACGAACGUUUCAAUCCUAGAACAUUCACAGUUCCGGAUUAUAAUGAGCUUUUGUCGUUGCAUCUGGACCCACCUACACCCCCUGGGUCAACAUCGGAUAUAUUCAACAAUCCUUCUCCUUCUGUCAGCAUAGACCGGGACCAACUCUCUAUGCGAUCAUCUAAUGUGGUAGGACAAAGAAUUCGAAGCCCAAGUGAAGGAGAAAUGAGUAUUGCCAGCGAGUUUAGCGAAGCACCUGUCUGGAUGGACGAGAAAUUCGACAUCUCCAACGUCGACGAAGAUUUCAGUGCAUUUGGAGCAGGCUCUGAUUUGCUUCAAACCAGUGGUUCCGAAACGGGUGAUAGGGGAGGAAAUGAAGAUCGUAAGAAAAAAAGAAAGAAGAAAACUAGCAAAGAGAGGUCUGCUCCUAUCGAGCCGAUUGAGAGUUCUCCAGAUCCCAUGGGCUAUCCUGACCUAGCUGAGACUGAAAUUGAUCCACAACUCAUGCAACAGUUCUAUUCAGACCUGAUGGGUAUAUAUAGCGAAAUGUUACCUGCGAACACACCCACCAACACUACGAUGCCUGAUAUGUGGAGUUUAGAUCCUGGUUCAAGUUCGUGGACCCCCCCAGAGACGAAUUGGAUGGAUCUGACUAAUUUCAUGACUUCGCCCAUAUCCACUGCACCAAUAACGAAUACCACACGAACAGACCCUCUCACACCGGCAGCUCCUCUUCCUGCGUCCACCGCCACGACUUCUAGUACACCGAUUACGGAAACAGCUUAUAAUCCUAUGACGUGGGAGGCACCUGGUGCAAACCCGUUUUUGAGCAACACUAUGUUCGGAAGUGAGUUCCAAGUCUGGUCCUCUAGUUCCAACAAUGCACCACCAAGCUCAGCGGGUUGGGGUGGAUACAAAAGAGAUGAAGAAGACGAAGAUGAUCAUGAGGAAGAAUCCAAAUGA